AUGGGGAGUGAUAAUAUUUUAAAUAAUAAAUUUUGUGAUCAUACUAGUUGGCAAAGUAUAUAUGGAGCAGGAUUAUUAUCAUUGAUAACUAAUGCACAAUAUACAAUUUAUUUCUCUUCCGUUUGGCCGUAUCUUCAGGUUCUUGUCCCAAAUAUUAAAGAAGAAUUUUAUGGUUUUUUAUUUGCAUCUUAUUCUAUUGGAACAAUAGUUUUUUCUCCUGUUUUUGGAUGGUGGUCAAAUAAAUUAAAAGGUAUUAAGAUACCAUUAUAUACUGGUGUAUUAUGUCAAUUAAUUGGUAAUAUAAUUUAUUUAUCAUUAGGAGAAUUAUCAGAAUACAGAAAAGAAUUUAUGGUUAUAGCACGUUUUAUAAAUGGUAUUGGAGGAGCAAAUGUAUCAUUAUUUAGAAGUUAUGCAGCAACAUCAUCAUUACCAAAAGAUAGAACCUCUGCCAUUAGUAUAGUUAAUUGUGGUUUAUCAAUUGGUUUUGCCUUAGGACCAUUUUUUAAUAUUUUAUUUGCUGUUAUUGGUUAUCCAGAAUAUAGGAUAUUAAAUUUGUUUACUCUUAAUAUUUAUACAUUAUCUGCUUUUAUAUCAACAUUAUUAAACAUUAUAUCAUUAUGUUGUAUAAAAUUUUUUUUUAAAGAAAAAUAUGCCGGAAUAAAUGAAAAAUAUUUUCAAUCAAAAAAUUUAUCAAAAAUUUCUGAACCAAUUAAAAAUAUUCCAAAAUAUGAUAAAAAAGCUGUUGGAAUUAUUUUUUUUAUUAGAUUUACUAUGAUGUUUAUAAAAAAUACAUGUAAUAUAUUAAAUCCAUUUUUAUCUAUGACAAUGUUUAAUUUUACAAAAAAAGAAACAAUUGAAACAAUUUCUAUCAUUGAAGUAUUUAUUGGAUCAACUGCUGUUUUAAUUCAUGCAUUAUAUGUAUGUUUUAAUUUAGGAAAAUAUGGAAAAUUUCGCCAAAAUUUAAUAAUUGGUUUAUCAUUAUUAGCCAUUUUUCACUUAAUAAUAUAUCCUUAUCCAUUUUUAUAUGACAAUAAAUCAACUGUCACAAUAACAAAUACAAAUAAAAUAAAUAUAACUUCUUCAACUGAACAAAUUGGUUGUAAUAUUAAUAAAUUUAAUUGGUGUUAUAAUUUACCAAAAAUUUCACCAUCUUUAUAUUUUAUAUCAUAUACUAUAUUAGUUGGAUUGGCUCUUCCUAUUAUAAAUGCAAAUAUGAAUACAAUAUUUUCAAAAAUUCUUGGACCAAGAUUUCAAGGAACAAUGCAUGGAUUAAAUCAAACAUGUGGAUCUAUUGCUCAAGCCUUAGCUCCAUUAGUAACAUCAACUGUCUACAAAAAUUUUGGCCCAACAAAAGUUUGGUGGUAUCAAAUAGUUUUGUCAUCAUUUACAAUAUUACUGUGUUUGACUAACUAUAAUAAAUUGGAUUAA